CGCUGUCACCGCGGGCUGCGGAGGCUGGGCGGGGCUUUUGGGCGCCGGCGGGAUGGUUCUGCCCUCUCACUGCACCCCCGGGCUUCUCUUCUGAAGGUUCACCUCGAAUGAGGAACGAGCGGGGAGGGAAGGGAAGGGCUGCGGCGGCGCGGGCACAGCCCGCCGGGCCCGCGGCUAGGGGAGGCCAGGUCACGUAACUGCUGCUCUGGCGUCGGGCCGGGGAGGGGGCGCCAGCCCCAGCAGCGCGAGCCCUGCGCGCGCCGCGGCUCGGAAACAGUUACCGGCUAGUAAACAACAGCUGCGCGCGCACCCUCGUCAGCUGGCGCCGGGAUACAGCACCUGCGACCUCUUCCCUCACCCCGCUGCUCGCUCCUGCCCAGUCAGGCCAGCCUGAGCUGCCAUCUCCUCUGCUGGGACCCGGUGGAAGAACGGCAAGGGGGUGACCUGCGCUGGGGCCAGGGUAGGAGUGAACGCACCUCCCGGCAAAGGGGUGGCCCGUUCUGUCACAGGCAGGAGAAGCCUAGCGAGCGGACCGUGGCUUAGUGGACUAGCAACGACCUGCCGCGACUCUGAGCUGCAGUUCGAGGUGUCUCGAUCCGCUAACCUCCUCCCACACCCCGGGGACCUUUCUGCCAGGAGAAGAGCAGGCGCGCCACCCCCGCAGACCUUUCGGAGACGGGAAUCCGCUCUGCCCCUCAUCCUCCUCUGCUCACCCUUCUCUCAGUAGUCUGGGUUAUUUUUCCCGUUAUGCAUGCGCACCUUUCCCACCAAACCCAAGUGGAUUAUCGACCACAAAAACACCGGGUGGCUUUGCACACACCUCCCCCCAGCCAGACCUGUGGGGUAUUCACCUGAUACACAACAGGUGGCCGGGUGUACACCUUUUUGCAAUCGGACUCCACGCUGUAGUCGCCUGAUAAAGGUGGGCCUGCACGCGCUUUGGUCAACUAGAACCGUGGGACACCCAGCAGAUAAAGGACUACCUCGACAGGAACCUGGGGGCUGAGGGGAGGGAGGCUUGAUCUGCUGCUCUGAGACCAUGGCACUGAACCUUUAGCCCUGGACCAGAGAGGAUAGCUAGAGAGCUCUUCAUUCUGAAGGAAAGAAGUCACGCAAGAUUGGCAUUGUUUUGUCUUUUUGUUUUUUGGGGUUUUUUUCUCUCAAAAAAAAAAAAAAUUCACCUAUUGGUGGUGCACUUUCUGGGAUAGUCGGCUGGAAUUCUGAGUAGAAGGAUUCUUAGUUGGGGCUUUUUGUGUGGUGUGAAUCAAGGUUAUUGAGAUGUGGGGUUUUUUUUUCAAGUUAUCUUUUGUAUUAUUUCAGUCAGAAGUAGCUAGUGUAUAAGAGGAAGAUUUUGCGAGGUUCCCACCGCUUUUUUGUUGUUGUUGUUGUUGUUCUUAAAAAGAAAAAAAAAAUGCAUCCUCCAGAAACCACCACCAAGAUGGCUUCAGUUCGGUUCAUGGUGACACCGACAAAGAUCGAUGACAUUCCAGGUUUGUCAGACACCAGUCCGGACCUCAGCUCUCGAUCUAGUUCCCGAGUAAGAUUUAGCUCCCGGGAAAGUGUGCCUGAAACAAGCCGUAGUGAGCCUAUGAGUGAGAUGUCUGGGGCCACCACUUCGCUGGCAACUGUUGCACUGGAUCCACCCAGUGACCGGACUUCUCAUCCCCAGGAUGUCACCGAGGACCUGAGUCAGAACUCCAUCACAGGGGAACACAGCCAGCUGUUAGAUGAUGGACAUAAGAAAGCUCGAAACGCUUACCUGAAUAAUUCCAAUUAUGAAGAAGGAGAUGAAUAUUUUGAUAAAAAUUUGGCACUCUUUGAGGAAGAAAUGGACACCAGACCAAAGGUGUCUUCUCUCCUCAACCGUAUGGCCAAUUACACUAAUCUGACUCAAGGAGCAAAGGAACAUGAAGAGGCAGAAAACAUCACUGAAGGGAAGAAGAAGCCCACCAAGACCCCCCAAAUGGGUACCUUCAUGGGUGUCUACCUCCCGUGUCUACAAAAUAUUUUUGGAGUGAUUCUUUUUUUACGCCUUACAUGGGUGGUGGGCACAGCUGGAGUUCUUCAGGCUUUUGCAAUUGUCCUUAUCUGCUGCUGCUGUACUGUGUUGACUGCUAUCUCCAUGAGUGCCAUUGCCACUAAUGGAGUGGUGCCAGCUGGGGGCUCAUACUUUAUGAUUUCCCGGGCCCUGGGCCCGGAAUUUGGUGGGGCUGUUGGCCUCUGUUUUUAUCUUGGUACCACAUUUGCAGCAGCCAUGUACAUUCUUGGUGCCAUUGAAAUCUUUCUGGUAUAUAUCGUUCCCCGGGCUGCCAUCUUUCGCAGUGAUGAUGCACUCAAGGAAGCAGCAGCCAUGCUAAAUAACAUGCGUGUCUAUGGCACAGCUUUCUUGGUCCUUAUGGUAUUAGUGGUAUUUAUCGGCGUACGCUACGUGAACAAGUUUGCCUCACUUUUCCUGGCCUGUGUCAUUGUGUCUAUCUUGGCCAUCUAUGCUGGAGCCAUCAAGUCUUCCUUUGCCCCUCCACACUUCCCGGUCUGCAUGCUGGGUAACCGCACCCUUUCAUCAAGACACAUUGACGUUUGUUCUAAGACCAAGGAAAUUAACAACAUGACAGUCCCGUCAAAGUUAUGGAGAUUCUUUUGUAACUCGAGUCAGUUUUUCAAUGCCACCUGUGAUGAAUACUUUGUUCACAAUAAUGUCACUUCAAUCCAGGGCAUUCCUGGGUUGGCUAGUGGUAUCAUUACAGAGAAUCUUUGGAGUAAUUACCUGCCCAAGGGAGAGAUCAUUGAAAAGCCUUCAGCCAAAUCUUCUGAUGUCUUAGGCAGCUUAAACCAUGAAUAUGUUCUUGUUGACAUCACCACCUCCUUCACGCUUCUGGUGGGAAUCUUCUUUCCUUCUGUUACAGGUAUCAUGGCUGGAUCAAACAGAUCUGGAGAUCUGAAAGAUGCUCAGAAGUCUAUUCCCAUUGGUACUAUCCUUGCCAUCCUGACCACCUCCUUUGUCUAUUUAAGCAAUGUUGUCCUUUUUGGUGCAUGUAUUGAAGGGGUUGUUCUCAGAGACAAGUUUGGGGAUGCUGUGAAAGGUAAUUUGGUGGUGGGCACCUUAUCUUGGCCAUCCCCGUGGGUGAUUGUUAUUGGCUCCUUCUUUUCAACGUGUGGGGCCGGACUUCAGAGCCUCACAGGUGCACCAAGGCUGCUACAAGCUAUUGCUAAGGAUAACAUCAUACCGUUUCUGAGGGUUUUUGGCCACAGCAAAGCCAAUGGGGAACCUACCUGGGCUUUACUUCUAACUGCUGCCAUUGCAGAGCUUGGAAUACUUAUUGCCUCCCUGGAUCUUGUGGCCCCAAUUCUUUCCAUGUUUUUUCUCAUGUGUUACCUCUUUGUAAACUUGGCAUGUGCCUUGCAAACAUUACUUCGAACACCCAACUGGAGACCCCGAUUCCGCUACUACCAUUGGGCCCUUUCUUUCAUGGGAAUGAGUAUCUGUCUGGCUCUGAUGUUCAUUUCUUCCUGGUAUUAUGCCAUUGUAGCCAUGGUAAUAGCUGGUAUGAUCUACAAGUACAUUGAGUACCAAGGAGCUGAGAAAGAAUGGGGUGAUGGUAUCCGUGGGCUGUCCCUCAGUGCAGCCCGGUUUGCUUUGCUCCGGUUGGAGGAAGGACCUCCACACACUAAAAACUGGAGGCCUCAGUUGCUUGUAUUACUGAAACUAGAUGAAGACUUACAUGUCAAGCAUCCUCGCCUCCUCACCUUUGCCUCACAGCUCAAAGCAGGAAAAGGUCUCACUAUUGUGGGCUCUGUCAUCGUGGGGAACUUCCUAGAGAACUAUGGUGAAGCUUUAGCUGCUGAGCAGACCAUAAAGCACCUAAUGGAGGCAGAGAAGGUAAAAGGAUUCUGCCAACUGGUGGUGGCCGCCAAACUGAGAGAGGGCAUUUCCCACCUCAUCCAGUCAUGUGGCCUUGGGGGCAUGAAGCACAACACGGUGGUGAUGGGCUGGCCUAAUGGCUGGCGUCAAAGCGAAGAUGCUCGUGCUUGGAAGACUUUUAUUGGCACAGUUCGAGUGACAACUGCUGCCCAUCUCGCACUGCUGGUGGCUAAAAACAUCUCCUUCUUUCCCAGCAAUGUGGAACAAUUUUCUGAAGGCAACAUUGAUGUGUGGUGGAUUGUGCAUGAUGGGGGGAUGCUCAUGCUACUACCAUUCCUACUGAAACAGCACAAGGUGUGGCGAAAGUGCAGCAUACGGAUCUUCACAGUAGCCCAACUAGAAGACAACAGUAUCCAAAUGAAGAAGGACCUAGCCACCUUCCUGUAUCACUUGCGCAUUGAGGCGGAGGUAGAAGUGGUGGAGAUGCAUGACAGUGACAUAUCAGCUUAUACUUACGAGCGCACUUUGAUGAUGGAGCAGAGGUCCCAGAUGCUCCGGCACAUGCGGCUAUCCAAAACAGAGCGAGACAGAGAGGCACAGUUGGUGAAAGAUCGAAACUCAAUGCUACGAUUGACCAGCAUUGGCUCUGAUGAGGAUGAAGAGACAGAAACCUAUCAGGAGAAGGUACACAUGACUUGGACAAAAGACAAGUACAUGGCAUCCCGGGGGCAAAAAGCCAAGUCAAUGGAAGGAUUCCAGGACCUGCUUAACAUGCGUCCAGACCAGUCCAAUGUGAGGCGGAUGCAUACAGCAGUGAAACUCAAUGAGGUUAUAGUUAACAAGUCCCAUGAAGCAAAGCUGGUUUUAUUGAAUAUGCCAGGGCCACCACGAAACCCUGAGGGUGAUGAAAACUACAUGGAGUUCCUAGAGGUGCUUACCGAGGGACUAGAGCGAGUCCUACUUGUCCGGGGUGGUGGCAGUGAAGUGAUCACUAUUUAUUCAUGAUCUACUCUGAAUGACUGUGCUUGGCCUGUUUUCUUAAAAGGCCUACAUCCUCCAUGGAAGUGCCAGCUCAUUACUACCACUCCCACUCAACUAGAAGCCUGCGUCGUUAUACACAUCACACAGAACUGUUGAUGAGCUGAGCCUCAAGUACCUGUGUUAAAGAGCUCCCAUCUGAUCUACAUUCCUUACAGAAAAAGCAAGUACUCUCUCAACAUCAGAACAAUGUUCAAGUCUUAGGAGCCACGUCUGACCAGUCAAAGGCAAGUUAGAAUUAACAAGCUGAGCCAAUAAAUGAAUUGGUAAAAGCGAUGCUAGAAAUUCAACUGAAGAAAAAAGUCAAGUGCAUAUUCGACAUUAAAGAUGAAUCUCAGAAGUCAUGGUUCAAUGAUGGCACUGUGAGGAUGACAACCAGACACAGCUUCAUCUGACUAAAGAAUUUAUGGUCAAGUAUAUGUGGACCUAUUAUCCUUGGCAAGCCAAGAUGCAAACAUUUUUUUAGCUAUAUUUCUUUAGUAUACCCACUGCUCUAAUUUUAUAUUAGGAUACUAAUGUACAAAACUUGAAAUACAGCUCCAGCCUCUACUUCAUAAAUAUUCCCCCCAAAAAACAGAUUUAAGUAUCCA